AAUAGCUUUGGGGGUGGUUUUCUUUAUCUUUUCAACCUUCACAUAAAUCUAUUUUUCCAUAGUUUGGGCAGAAGAUGAGCUUCAAAGAGUUCUGUGCAGAAAGGAAGAGCUGGGAAUGCCAUUUGGGAUGGGGAUACAGCUGCCCAAUCUCCACUCAUCAUUCACAGAUGAAUAGAAUAGGAAUAGAAUAGAAUAACAGAGUUGGAAGGGACCUUGGAGGUUUUCUGGUCCAAUCCCCUGCUCAGCAGGAGACCUUCUCCCAUUUCAGACAAAUGGUUGUCCAGUGUCUUCUUAAAAAAUCCCAGUGUUGGAGAACUCACAAUUACUAGAGGCAAAUUGUUCCCCUACUUAAUUAUUCUCUGUCAGGAAAUUUCUCCUUAGUUCUAGGUUGCUUCUCUCCUUGAUUAGUUUCCAUCAGUUACUUCUUGUCCUGCUUUCAGGUGCUUUGGAGAAUAGGUUGAACCCCUCUUUUUUGUGAUAGGAAAUUUAAUUGCUUCUUUUUAUAUCUUUUCAGGAGGAAGGACUCCCCAAGGGUAAAGCAGAGUUACCUCAAAACCUGUGGCCCUUUUCUCCCCUCAGCAUUGUCAGUGAUACAUCUUCUGACAAUCUUUGCCUCUCAAACCCCUUCAGGAUUCCUGUUUCUUCCGAGGGGGUGUGAGUUCUCCUUCCUGCCCCCCAACUUCUAGCGUCACCCUUCGAAUGAAGCUUCGGAUCCUACCCGCCUCCCCUCCGUCUCCUUUGAGCGGGUGGAAAGCCGCUCGGUCUGAGGGAACUGCGGGAAGCCCAGGUCCCUCAGCCAAAAGUAGAAAUGAGCCAGGAUGAAAAAACUAAGGGGAAAAACUCCCAAUAAUUGGGGAGGAGGUGGUGGAAACGGACGGACGGACGACUCCAGCAGCCUAACAACCGCAGACCUCUCUGUCGCGCCUCCCUCACGGACGGAAUCCGCCGCUCGAUCUGAGGGAAGCGCAGACACCGCGUCAAAAAACAACUUCGCGUGAGCAACGGACAGUAGUCUCCACAGCAACCGCAGCCGCCUUCAACCACGCUGCUCUCCCAUUGGCCAACGUUCUUCCCCACGGGCCAAUCGCGGCGCCGCCGCGGAAGGCACGCGCCUUCGCGAAGAAGUGGUCCGCCGACCGAUCGUGGGGCUGGCCGGGUCGGCUGCCUCUCCUUGGUGUGGGCGGAGCCGGAAGCAGGAGCUCCUCUCUCAGAGCUUUUGAGCGGGCGACUGCCGCUGGUUGGGAAUAAGAAGCAACUUCAUCCUCUGAAGGUUUUUCUUACACAAGAGACAAAAAGAAUAGAGCAGCAAAGAUGAAUGAAUGACACUUAAAUUUCUCAUCGGAGUUAUUAUGACAUUCCAGUUCCGUGAACGAAAGAAGCUUUGAAGACUUUCACUCAUUGGAGGGUGCAGUUGAGCUCAGAGGGAACAUGAACCCAGGAAAACCGUCUUGGGAAGGACUGGCACUUUGUGAUCCUCUUCAGGAGAGCAGUGCAAUAGACCAAAAAAAGGCAGGACAGAGGAUUCAGAGUGAAAAAACAAUUACUUUCUGCGCAAAGAGACAACCCUUCAGGGAGCUCCGCUAUCAGGAAGCUGAGGGUCCCCGAGGAAUCUGCAGCCACCUCCACCAUCUUUGCAAUCAAUGGCUGAACCCAGAAAAACAUACAAAAGCCCAGAUGCUGGAUUUAGUAGUCCUGGAGCAGUUCCUGGCCAUUCUGCCACUGGAGAUGGAGAAUUGGGUGCGGGAAUGUGGAGCCGAGACCAGUCCCCAGGCAGUGGCUCUGGCUGAAGGCUUCCUCCUGAGUCAGACAGGGGAGAAAGAGCAAGGAGAGUUGCCGAUAGAGAUGUCCAUUCAGAAUUUGAUGGCUGAGCAUCCUAAGGCAAGAAGGGCAGAGAACAGAGAACAGUUGGUGGUAAGAGAAACAUCUCUUUCCAAUGAAGCAAAAGCAAACGUUGGGUUUACAGCACAGGGUUCCGUAUCCUUUGAGGAGUUGUCAAUUUACUUCACCGAGGAGGAGUGGGGUUUGCUAGAUUGUGAUCAGAAAGCUCUGCAUGGAGAGGUCAUGCUGGAGAUGUCUAAGAAUGUGGCUUCUCUGGCAGGCAGUAAACAGAAGAAUGAGAUUUAUCAGGAAUCAGAAGAGACACCAAUACAGAUUCUAAAAGUUGAAGUGGAAGAAGAGAAUCAAUGGCAACCAAAAAGUGAAGACGGAGUCCAGCUGAAUGAUCAAAGGGGGGAAAAUCCUCCUUUAUCUCUGAAAAUCUAUGAUUUGCUGGCCCAAGAAAAUCUUAAUAGAGAAGGGAUGGAACAGUAUUCAGGCUGUGAUGAAGUAUUUGAAGAACAAUCAAUCUUCAGUAACCCAUGUGGAUGGAGACAGAAAGGGAACAGGUAUAAUCAGAACUGCACUCCUCAUUGGAGAGAUGAGAUGGGGGGAAAAACUUUUGAAUGUAAGGACUAUGAAAACAAAUUGAAUUACUCCAGUAACCUUAUUUCUCAUCCAAGGAAACACACGGGUGAGAAUCCAUAUAAAUGUAUAGUGUGUGGAAAGAGCUUCACAAGGAACGAUAAACUUACCACCCAUAUAAGAAUUCAUACAGGGGAAAAACCAUAUAAAUGCACAGAGUGUGGAAAGAGCUUCACGAGGAACGACAUACUUAUUUCCCAUAAAAGGAUCCACACGAAAGAGAAACCAUACAAAUGCAUGGAAUGUGGAAAGAGUUACAGUCACUCCAAAAGCCUUAUAUCUCAUGAAAUUAUACACAAAGGGGAAAAACCAUAUAAAUGCAUGGAAUGUGGAAAGAGUUUUAGCCAGUGCAGUAGCCUUAUCUAUCAUAAAAGGAUCCACACAGGGGAGAAGCCGUACCAGUGUAUGGAGUGUGGAAAAAGUUUCACAAGGAAUGAUACAUUGAUUUCCCAUAGACGAAUUCACACAGGGGAGAAGCCAUUUAAAUGCUUAGAAUGUGGAAAGAGCUACAGUCACUCCAGAAGCCUUAUUUCUCAUGAAACAAUCCACAAAAGGGAGAAACCCUAUCAGUGCUUGGAAUGUGGAAAGAGCUUCAGCCGAUGCAAUAGCCUUACCUCUCACAAAAGGAUCCACACAGGAGAGAAACCGUAUAAAUGCAUGGAAUGUGGAAAAAGCUUCAAUCACUCCAGUAACCUUAGAACCCACAAAAGUAUUCACAGAGGAGAAAAACCACAUAAAUGCCUGGAGUGUGGAAAGAGCUUCACAAGGAGCACAGAUCUUACCUCCCAUAAAAGGAUCCACACGGGAGAGAAACCCUAUAAGUGUAUGGAAUGUGGAAAGAGCUUCACUCAUUCCAAUACCCUUACUUCUCAUAAAACCAUCCACACUGGGGAGAAGUCAUAUAAAUGUACCGAGUGUGGAAAGAGCUUCAGUACAAACAGUUCUUUAACAUCCCACAAAAGGAUCCAUACAGGGGAGAAACCAUAUAAAUGCAUGGACUGUGGAAAGAGUUUCAGAACAAGCAGUUAUCUUACUUACCACAAAAGAAUUCACACGGGGGAAAAACCCUACCAAUGCCUAGAGUGUGGGAAAAGGUUUAAUCAUCCCAGCACCCUUGCUUCCCAUAAAACAAUCCACACAAGGGAGAAACAAUAUAAAUGCCUAGAAUGUGGAAUGUGUUUUACACAGAGUUGUCACCUUACUUCCCACAAGAGAGCCACAAUGGGAUUUAACUAUAUAAAUGCUUAAAAUGGGGUGAGACCUUUCAUCUUCGUCACUUGCAUGGAAAAAACAAGUGCUUCAAUGAGAAUAUUCUUGUUACUUGAUCUUAAAGAUAGAUGACCACAUAAGUUAGAAAGAGAAAUAUUCCUCCCCUGAGGUUACAGAUAGUCCUUGACUUACAAUGGUUCAUUUAAUAACCGUAUGAAGUUACAAUGGUACUGAAUAGGGGGAUUUAUGUCCGUUUUUCAGAUCACUGUUGCAGCAUCCCCAUGGUCAUUUGGAUGCUUGGCAGCUAGUUGAUACUUAUGAUGGUUAUGAUGAUACUUAUGAUACUUAUGAUGGUUGCAGUGACCGAAGAUCACAUGAUCAGCUUUUGCAAACUUUUGACAAGCCGUCAAUAGGGAAGCCAUGUUCAUUUAACAACCAUGUUACUAGCUUAACAACUGGAAUGAUUCAUUUAAACUCUGCCAAAAAAAGUUUUAAAAUGGAGCAGAACUUUGCUUAAUAAUUGUCUCACUUAGCAAUAUAAAUGUUGGUCGUAAGUUGAAAACUACAUGUAUAUGGUCCUUGAUGAUAAGCAGUAUUCAACCAUUCAGACUCUAGGUCCGGGGUUGGGGGAAAUCUACAUUUGAAUUUCUUUCUCUUAUCAAUGUAAGUCUACACUAUAUAUUUAUUCUCUUGUAUUUUUAAUAAUUUUCCUUGCAAUGUUAGGGCUGAUGAUCAACCCUAUCAGAGGCCUUGGGAGCUAUACCCAGAUUUCCCAAGUGUCCACUAAGGUGGUAAUUAUGCAGUUUGAGCUUUCUUUUUUUAUAUAUAUAAAUUUUUUUUAUUACAUAGACAACACAUACACACAACAAUAAAAC